GGGGGGACUACCCAAAAAUAAGAAGGUUUUGCAGGGACAAGCACGCCGUGUCAAUUUAAUACGGAAAUAAAAGAUUAAAAAAUACAGAAUAAAAACAAAUGAUUUCUAUUAAAUUUUCGUCUACGACGCCGACGACCCAACAAAAAACCGAGCUCCUCAACUCAAUUCCUCUCUGAAAAGUAAAGAGAGGAAAAGAGGAAAAGAGGGUUUCCAUUUCCAAUUCUCUGAGUCAGAUUGUCAUCAUUUCUCCAUCGACCCUUUCCCAUCUCUUCUUCCUCCGUAUUGGUUUCAGCUCAGAAUUCUAUUGAUCAAGUGAGAGAAGAUGUCAGGAGGUGGAACUCAGAACAGCUUGAGGAAGGCACUUGGGUCCAUUAAGGAUACCACCACUGUUUCAUUGGCUAAAAUCAAUAGCGAUUACAAGGAAUUGGACAUUGCUAUAGUGAAGGCCACAAAUCAUGUUGAAAGACCAGCGAAGGAGAAACAUAUAAGAGCAAGCUCACGUGGUUUCCUAAAUCUUCUUGCAGCUGUUUUCGCUGCUAUUUCCGCUACCAGACCUCGUGCUGAUGUUGCAUAUUGCAUCCAUGUUCUUGCCAGAAGGUUGGCAAAAACGCAUAACUGGGCGGUUGCCUUGAAAACUUUGGUUGUCAUCCAUCGAGCUUUGAGAGAAGUUGACCCUACAUUUCAUGAGGAGCUCAUCAAUUAUGGCAGAAGCAGAAGUCAUAUGCUCAACAUGUCGCAUUUUAAAGAUGAUUCCAGCCCAAAUGCAUGGGAUUAUUCUGCUUGGGUUCGCACUUAUGCGUUGUUUUUGGAGGAGAGGCUGGAAUCUUUUCGGGUUUUGAAGUAUGACAUUGAGACAGAUCGACCAAGGACUAAAGAUCUGGAAACUGCUGAAUUACUGGAGCAAUUGCCAGCGUUGCAGCAGCUUCUUUUCCGUGUCCUUAACUGUCAGCCUCAGGGAGCUGCUGUUAGUAACUUCAUCAUCCGCUUGGCACUCUCAAUGGUUGCUUCGGAAAGUGUCAAGAUCUAUCAAGCUAUAACAGAUGGAACAGCAAAUCUAGUCGACAAGUUUUUUGAGAUGCCACGUGCUGAUGCUGUGAAGGCUCUGGACAUAUAUAGGAAAGCCUGUCAGCAGGCAGAGAGACUGUCGGAAUUUUAUGAGAUAUGUAAAAGCAUGGAUAUAGGGCGUGGAGAACGGUUCAUUAAGAUUGAGCAGCCUCCUGCAUCUUUCUUGCAAACAAUGGAAGAGUAUGUUCGUGAUGCUCCACGUGUCUCAACUGUUCGCAAAGAUCAGGUUGUGGAUAACAAACUUGAAGCACCAAAGGAGGUUUUAGCCAUAGAGUAUAAGAAGGAAAUCGAGGUGAAGGAAGAGGAACAACAUGUGCCAUCACCUCCUCCUCCUGAACCAGUGAAAGAGGAACAACCUCCCGUCGUUCCACCACCUGAUUUGCUGAACUUGGAUGAUCCUGCUACAGUUGCUUCUUCAGAACUUGAUGAGAGAAAUUCCCUUGCCCUGGCUAUUGUCCCAGUGGGGGACCAACAACCUGCUGCUGCACCAACCCAAGCAAAUGGAACUGGUUGGGAACUAGCAUUGGUUACAGCUCCAAGUUCAAAUGAAACUACCUCCGCUGCUAGCAAGUUGGCGGGAGGGCUAGAUAAACUCACAUUGGACAGCCUAUACGACGAUGCAAUGAGAAGGAACAGCCAGCCUACGAGCUACAACCCCUGGGAAGCUGCCGCUCCAAUGAACGGUCCAGUGAUGCAAGCAGCCUCACACGAUCCUUUCUUCGCCUCCAACGGAGUAGCUGCAUCUCAUAACGUGCAGAUGGCGGCAAUGGCCAACCAACAACAGGCUCUCAUGUGGCAGCAGCAGCAACAACAGAUGAUGAUGAUGACCACCCCACAAUUCCAACAGCAGGCAAAUCCUUUCGCCAACCCUUAUGGAGCUGCUGCAGUCCACCCCUAUGGCUCAGGUAUGCCGCCUCCCGUUCAAGCGUACCAACCAUAUCCAGGAUACCUAUGAGUGGAGGAAAUGCCUGCUUUUUGUAUAAAGAAUGCACACAUGGAAAGAAAGAGCAUCAUCAUCAUCAUCAUCAUUCACCCACAGAACAAAUUCCUUCUGUUUUUGCUUCUUCACAGACCAUCCUGAGUCGUGUCGUGUAUCAUAUUGUUGUGUAAUGUGCAGUAGCGCGAGUCAUGCGUUAGAUUCGAUGUUUCUUCUGAUUAUUUUUAUGGCUAAACGAUGAUUAGAAAUAAUGUUCUUUUCUUGUUCUUGAAGGUUACCGCAGACUCGAAAUAAAUGAGGUUGUUACAUGCAAUGGGGUUUUAUAUGUGUCGUAUGUUAGAGCACAAGACAGAGAUUGUGGGUUGUAUAAACCUUUGAUUGCUGGUUUUAAUCCUUUCUGCGUUGAUAUACCACCCAAUCCUAUCGAUGUUUCCCUGAUCUCUGGGAAACUGUGGUGGGAUGUUUCAGUUUCGCAAGGAGCCCUGCACUUGAUUGUGUUCGAGAAGGGCACUAAACCUGCUUGCUUGAGGAUUUUCUUGAGUGUUUGGAGACUUAACGAAGACUGUAAAUUUUGGAGGAAGGUGUGCGAAGGUCCAGUGAAGUCAUCAUCAAGUUCAUUCAUGUUCCUAUUCUGCACCCAGAGAAGCCUGAAACUAUCUUCUUUGUUCAUCUUGUUGGUCAUUCUCACGUGUCCUGUGAUCUGAGUAAGGGUGGCCAGCUUAAGUUUGUCGCUAAACUAACUCAAACUUUUAGUAGUUGGAGGGUGUUCCAGCCUAAGGUCUCUUGCUGGCCUACUCCAAUCCCAAGGGUACAGGAAGUUGCGAGUUGGGUACGAUGGAAGCUACAGCUGUUGGGUUCAGAGCGACAACCUAUAACUGAAGAAUGGCAACGUGUUGAUGGAGUUGAACAAUCUUGUCACCGGAAGAAGCUGAAAAACAUGGUGAGAGGCUCGUCUCAGCGAGUGAAGGAAGGAUGAUGGGGCUGGAAGGAAGUUAUUAUCUAUCUAUUUUUUGGGUGUUAUCUAUCAGUUAACAAGAACAGGAGCUAAUCAAUUGGUAUAGUGAACUUUGGGAGUUGAACAAUCUUACUGUUCUCCCCCCUCCUUUCUGACAAUUUUGUUCUCAGAUGAUUGGAUAUGAGGUGAACUUUGCAAGGAGAACUUGCAGCUUCCAAAAGAAAAUAUGGACAAGAAGCCUCGCCAUAGUGGAGCUCAAAUUUCUGACACCAUCUCUUACUGCCAGUGCCGGGUUAUACAAACAACUGCGCUGGUUGCUGCUGAAUAGAAUCUCUCGACGAGCUCAAAAGAAAGAAACAAAGAAGAAAUGUAUGCUAAAGGUCAUCUUCUUCAGCCUUCUCUCCCUCUCUGAGGAUCAUAUUGAGGGAAAUAGUUGAGAUAGGUUGGCUUGUACUUUGAAAGUGUGCUGACGGCUGACCUAUAUGAUCAACAGACGUUCCUCGUAUCCAUGAAACGGAUCGUUAUCUGCUAUAGCGCCAGUCGAUCAUUUUGCAUCGAAACGAUUGGAAAUAUUGUUGGAGCAUCAUGUCCCAUAUGUGUUAGCAGGCGAGUUUCUUUUACAGUCAUUUCUUUCUUUCUUUGGGUGAGCAAUUGUAAAUUUCCAGUUCCACAGUGGAAAGAACCCUAAACCCCCACCACCAUAUGUAAGAUAUGAGAUUAUCUAUCAACCCCAGUUUUGUACAAUGCAGAGAUCAAUCUUAUACAAAUUAUCCUUUCGAACAAACGAUGAACACUUGUAUGACC